GCCCCGGAUGAUCUAUGUAAAUGUUUUCCAUGUAAAAGUUUUCCAACGCUUUAAAUUGUAGCGUUUAUGAGGUGAGGUUUUACUUAUUUUACUUUUUAUGACAACUAUUGGCAUAGCUUUUUAGUAAAUUCCUUGGAUAUUUGCGUUGUGAUCUGAUCUGAUCUGAUCUGAUCUGCUGCUGCCUAGGUUUGUGCUUUUUCUAUUCAUUAAGCAAUAAUUUACGUCAACAAUCAUGUGCAAUGUAUUCCCCAACUUAGCAAGUCAGCUCUUUCUCUAUCUCUCUAAGGCUUGGCUACCCAUCUACUAUUCACUCUCUCUCUGACCCUCCCUUUGUUCUCUCUCUCUCUCUCUAACCCUGUCGCUGGAUCUAAUAUCCCACUCUCUCUCUCUUUAAGGUUUCUCUCUGUAUCAACAGUCAACACAGUCUCUCUCUCUCUCUAUCAAACCCUGUCGCAGGAUCUAAUAUCCGACAGUCAACACAGUCAAAGCCACUCUCCCCAUUCUCAUUCUGUCUCUCUCUCUCUCUCUCUCUCUACGAAGAAGAAGAAGAAUAUCCAGUCCAUCCAUACAGUAAGUACCGUCUCUGCCUAAAAAAUAUCUUUCCAUCUGAAAGCCGCCGCCCUCAUCUCUGAUUUUUAUCGAAACCUAGCCCAGCCCCUCUAAAUUCUCCAUUAUCUUUCCAUCUGAAAGCGCCCCCGUUCCGUCAUGAAACCCCCAAAAUCCAGUGCUCAAGAGGCCGCCGCCGGCGCCGGCGCCUCCUAUGAGGACCAACUUGUGUCGGCCAUCGGCAAUGGGGAGGACCUCGGCCCCAUCGUCCGCAUGGCCUUUGCUGCCAACGAGUCCGACGCCCUCCUUUCCAGCCUCCGCAACCUCUCGCGCGCCAAAGACGGGGAGAUCCAGGCCCUCUGCUACUCCCACCACUCUCACUUCAUCCUCGCCGUCGAUCACCUCCGCUCCCUCCUCUCCGACGCCCUCUCCCUCAAAUCAUCUCUCUCCUCUCUCCACUCCAACCUCCAAUCCUCCGCCUCCCCCCUCCUCGAAUCUGUCCAAAACCUCCUGGAGGCGCUCAAUCUCUCGCAGAACCUUGGAAUUGCCCUGACAAAUGCAGGGCAAUGCCUCGCAAUCUCGCGCCUUUGCGUCCAUGCCAACGCCCACCUCGCAAAUCGUCGACACCACCAAGCGUUGGUCUGUCUCCGAAUUCUCGAGGCCGAGCACCUGGGAUCCACUCCAUGUACACCGCUUGGGCUCAUGCUCCAAACCCACAUCCCCGCCAUAAGGGAUCAUAUAAGGCAAAAGGCUCAACAAUCCCUCGGAGACUGGCUGGUCGAGGUGCGGUCGACAGGGCGUGAGCUAGGCCAGUUAGCCAUCAGCGGUGCCGCUUCCGCACGCCAGCGUGCCGAAGAGAUCCGCCAGGAGCCGUAUGCUCUCGACAUCGACGACAACCCUGAGCCUGACCCCUGUGCCUCGCUCGACCUCACCCCGCUCUACAGGGCGCACCAUGUCCACAAAACCCUUGGGCUUGAGGCCGAGUUCAGGCACUACUACCAUGAGAACCGGCGGCUGCAACUUGUCUCCGAUUUCCAGCUCUCGAACAUGGGCCCCUUCCUCGAGUCGCACCAGGCAUUCUUUUCACAGAUCGCCGGGUUCUUCAUCGUCGAGGACAGGGUCCAGGGUGUGGUGGGUCGGGCCCAGGACGAUGCCCUCUGGGACCUGGCCUUGGCCAAGGUCUGCGAUGUGGUCGACGAGCAGUUCUCGAGGAUGCAGGCCGCGAGCCACUUGCUCCUGGUGAAGGAUCAUGCCAGCCUCAUGGCGGAGACCCUCGGCCAGAGUGGGUUCUAUGUAAGGCCAUUGUUUGAGGCACUGGCUCGCCAUGCCGAGAGAUACCACGAGCUCUUGCUCAGGGAGUGCGGGCAGCAGGCGCGAGAGGCAGUAGCCGCCGAGGAGCUCGAGCCCAUGGUCAUGCGCAAGGCCUAUGAGUACGACAUGAACAUCGUCUCCUUCGGGCUAGAAACCAUUUGCACCACCACGCCUGCUUUUCCCUAUGUAGCGCCCUUCUCUGCGGCGGUGCCGGCCUGCUGCCGGGUGGUGCGCUCAUUCAUCGAGGACUCGGUGAGCUACCUCGCGCACGCGGGGCUCGACUGGUGCGAGCGCCACAGGCUUGUGCGUGUGUAUCUCGACCGAUUGCUCUGCGGAGUACUCAACGAGGCCCUGCUUGCGUGCUCGCCGGCAACAGUCUCGCAUGCGGUACAGGCAGUGGCGGAUGUGGCGGCUCUCAGCCACGCAUUUGAGCACUUUGAGGAGCUCGCGGCUCGGCUCUCGGGUGUAAUCACAAGACGCAACACCUCAAAGGUUGCACCACUCACCCCAGCCAUGGAGAAGGCCGAAGCCACGCUGCUCAGUCUCUUGUGCACAAAGCUGGAUGAGUACAUUGCGAUGAUGGAGACUGUGAAUUGGGUGGCUGAUGAGCCUCCUAAAGGGGGUAACCAGUAUGCCAACGAGGCGAUCAUUUACCUGGAAACCCUAGUUUCGACCGCGGGCCAAGUGCUCCCACCCGAAAUGCUCAGCAGAGCCCUGAAGGGUGCACUCUCGCACAUAUCGGAGGGCAUCGUGGCGUUUCUCGGCAGUGACGCAGUGCGCCGCUUCAAUGGAAAUGCGGUUGCGGGGCUCGAUGCCGAUCUCCGAUUGCUAGAGGGUUUCGCGGAGGGACAGGGCUCUGAGGAGCUGAAGCAGGGGUUGGCGGAGGCCAGGCAGAUGGUGAAUCUUUUGUUGAGUAACCAUCCUGAGAAUUUCUUGAAUCCAGUGAUUAGAGAGAAGAGUUAUGCGACUUUGGAUUACAGGAAAGUGGUGGCGAUUUCGGAGAAGAUGAGGGAUUCAGGGGCCGAGAGAUUGUUUGGGAGCUUUGGGACGAGGGGGGCGAAACAGAACCCUAAGAAGAAGUCUUUGGAUGUGCUCAUUAGGAGGCUUAAAGAUGCGGCCUAGGGCUUGCCAUGGAGAGAGCUUCUCUGGUUUUUUAAGAAAGAUAAAAUAAAAAUGCUCUGUUUAUAGAGGAAGAUAAGGGUUUUCAUGGGAGUGGUCUCAGAGAAAAAGCUCGCGUUUUGUAGAGAGAGGAGAGAGAGCCUUGGGUUGUGCUCUAUUAUUUUUAUUUUCUAUAUACAAUUAAAGAUGGAACCUCGGUUCUACUCUGUAGAGAGGGAUGAGCUUUUGGCCCUUGUUUUUGCGGUUCGUUUUGGUCAGGGCUCUUCCCUUCCUCUCAGCUCUUGACCAAGCCUUUAAUUAUCCCCAAAUGGUCCUUAUCAUUUUCGCAAACCAGAGGUAAUGAACAGCACUGUAUCACUGUUGGGUGCGUUUA